AUGGGGUCAAUUGAGCAGCCAAAGAUCAACCUUGUCCGAAUUGCCCACGUUUACUAUACGCACAAGGACAUCAACAAGGCGCGAGAGUUCCUAGUGGACUUUGGACUCACAGAAUGCAAGAGAACGGAGAAAAACAUAUACUUCAGAGGCUACAGCAAGGAACCCUUUGUAUACUGUGCAAAGGAGGGUCCAGAGAACGAGUUUGGGGGUGUAGCAUUUGUUGUUGAAAGCGAGCGAGAUUUGGACCUUGCACAACAGACUCUUCCUGGCGCGACGAAAAUAUACGAGCUGGAGGAUGCACCUGGUGGUGGAAAAUGUGUGACCUUCUACGAUCCAGUUGACGGAUUCCUUUUCCAUUUGAUUUACGGUCAAACGCUGUUAAACGAAGAGCAACUUCUACCAGAGAUUCAGUUCAACUUUCCAGCGACCAAAAACCGCGCCAGUGGGCACUACCAACGCUUUGAAAAGCGCCCUGCUCCGGUCCAUAAGUUGGGCCACUUCGGCAUGUGCGUGACCAACUUCGACAAAGCGUUUGAAUUUUACACGAAACGCUUCAACUUUUAUCCAAGUGAUCUUGGACAUACUCCCGAUGGCAAGAAUGUCAUUGUAUUCAACCGUCUCUCGCGAGGAAAAGAGUUGGUCGACCAUCACUGCUUCUUCUUCUUCGAAGGGCCAAAAGCCCACGUCCACCAUUCGUCCUUUGAGACACACGACUUUGACACCCAAGUACUGGGCCAUGAUUGGCUUCGUCAUAAAGGAUACGAGAAUUGCUGGGGAGUAGGACGUCACGUCAUGGGAAGCCAGAUUUUUGACUACUGGUUCGAUCCUUCCCAUUUUAUCCUGGAGCACUAUACAGACGGAGAUUUGUGUGAUGAAACGCAAGAAACGGUCGUGUCCCCGGCCUCGCACGACAAUCUUCAUGUUUGGGGUGAGUGA